AUGCACGCUCCCACCUUUAGCCAUGUCUUGGUGGCCGCUAUUCUUGCCGCCACUGGUGUCCAGUCCCUCAGCACUGGUGCGCCAGCAAACCAGCUUGCCAGGCGCAUGGCCCCCGUCGUUGCCCUGGUCAUGCCAGCUUUUGCUAUGACCACGGCUGUUGAGGAGCGCGAG